AUGGGACUGCGAUUGUAUUAUUUACCGCACAGCCCACCGUGCAGGGCAGUGAAGCUCCUUGCGGCGGAGCUCGGACUCGAUUUGGAAAUCAAACCAGUGAACCUAUGGGCUGGGGAUCAUCUGAAAGAUGAGUUUUUGGCUUUGAAUCCGACGCACACAGUCCCGACGCUGGAUGAUAACGGAUUCGUGAUAUGGGAUAGCCAUGCUAUUCUGCAGUAUCUGAUGAACAAAUAUGGGAAAGACAGUAGCGACUUGUAUCCACAAGACCCGGAAAAGCGAGCUGUGAUUGACAAUCGCUUAUGUUUCGACCUGGGAACUUUGAAUGCCAACAUCCGUGAUUAUUACGUGAGUUUCGUUUUCACCCAAAUAAAGAUGAAGGAUUACGACGAGAUUAUCGAGACUGGCGCCCAGCUGUGGUUCGACGACUUGUUCGCCAAGAUUACUGAAGGCAAAGAGAUCAAAUGA